GAUUUUCGAGGAAAAACCAGUCUGGAUCUUUUCUGAAUCGGAUUUUAAUCAACAUAUCAAAAUGAAAAACUUGACAGGUGUGGACAAUUGCAUUUUACGUGUUUUAAAUGACGGGCAUUUCGCGCCUAAAUAAAAUAAUGUCACACAAUUUCGUACAUAAGAAGCAUGAAUUGCAUACCUCAAAGAGUCAUUUUGUCCAUUAUUCUAUGUCUCGGAACUAUCAAUAUGUUGGCUCAAAGAGUCAAUUUAAGCAUAGCCAUACUGUGUAUGACAAACCAUACGUAUAUCCGUAAUGAAAACAAAGAAAAUGAUGUGAAUGUGACCGUUUCUUCAUCAUUUCAUUGCAUUCAGGAAAAUUUCAAUGGAACAGAUACCAUGACAGAUGGCCCAUUUGUUUGGGAUCGGCCAAGCCGUGGUGUUCUCCUGGGAAUUAUUUUCUGGGGUUAUUUCCUUGGUCAGAUACCAUCAGGUAUUUUAAUACAAAGUUUCAGUGUUCGUUGGGUGUUGUUCACAUCUUUAAUCCUGUUGAGUAUGUCGACAUUCUUUGUUCCACUGGUGGCAACAAAGUCAUUGUAUUUAUUCUAUGCUUUUCGAAUAUUGACGGGAUUAGCAUCAGCAAGUUGGUUCCCUGGAUUUUACCAGCUUUGGGCUGCAUGGGCACCUCCAAAUGAGCGUGGACUUUUGAUUGGAUUCGCUUAUGCAGGGAUUCAUAUUGGCAGCGCCAUUACAAUGCCAAUUACUGCAGCUUUGUGUCAAACAUCAAUUGGAUGGUCAUUAGUAUUCUAUUUUUAUGGCGCUAUUAGUUUUGCUUAUUGCAUUGUCUGGUUUAUAUUUGUCUACGAUGAACCUAAACUACAUCCAAGAAUAUCUACUAAAGAAAAACUUUAUUUAGAAUCCUGUUGUCCAGUUAUAAAAAAGAGGAGUGGAAAACAAAAAAUUCCUCUAAAAUCCAUUUUAACGUCAUUACCUGUUUGGGCGUUUGUUGCUGUCAACACGGGACUGGACUGGAAUUUGUAUACAUUUCUGACUAGUGUACCAACGUAUAUGCGUGAAGUAUUAAAGUUUGAUUUUCAGCGGAAUGCUGGAUUAUCUGCAUUACCUUAUAUUGGUAUGUGGAUAGGACAAGUAUUAUUCGGUUGGAUAUCGGAUAUAUUAUUAACUCGAAAAGUUGUAAGUGUUAGUUAUGUGCGAAAAUUAAUGAAUAGUAUAGGUAAGUUGUAUUUUCAACUGUGAUGUUUUUAUAUCACUAUUAUUAUUAUUAUUAUUAUCUUAUAUUUACUCCUUUACCUUCAGAAGAGAACAUAGUGCUUCAAGCUUAAGCUUUGAAGCUUCACUGGUAGUUGGUUCCAAGUCUAAUGCUCAACUUUCCCUCUUUACCAGGCUUACUAACGGUUAAGAGAGGUUUAGAAAUGGAUUGGCCGAGAAUCUAACCGAGUAUUCUGCAGCUGGACCACAGAUGCGUUUUUAUGUAGUCUAAUUUCACUUCAUCUAAUGUCAACAUCCGUUUCUUCUCAAACACAUAGAGAACUAUUCAAUUGGUAGCUCACCGCAGUUAAAAGUUGCGAUCAUUGUGUGUGCGUGUGUGUGUGUGUUCGAAUGAUUGCUCAUCGUUGAACAUAGAUAGAUAAUGUUCAAUACCUCGAAGCAGCUGGUAUAGAAAAUUGCCUUUCACUUAGCUAACUGUCUAUUUCUUGUUCUAGUAACCCUCGUAGAUGAUUUUAAUUUUUCAAAUGUACCUUAUUUUUUCAAUUUGUCUCUGUUGCAUAUCCCUUUGCUUCACCUGAAAAUACUUGUAUACAUAAUUACUGACAAUUUGAGCUAAGCGAAUCUAAGCUGUGGGCUUCUAAACUGUAUGUAUGAUAUGUAUCCACAUAUAUAUAUUUAUGUGUGUGUGUAUGUUGGUCUCUCUUUCUGUUUGCUCUCUUAGUCUGUGACCCUUUCACUGGUAUGAACUUGUCUCCUUUAACAAUGUAUAUUCCAUUUAUAUUAUAUAUAAUAUGAGUGUCUGUUGACAGUCCGUUGCUUAGUGACAUAUAUCCACAUAUGGUUGUUGACAUGUCUGCUAUAUUCGCUAUGUAUAUUUGGAUUGACACUCCAUUAUAAUUAGCCAUUCAUGUUAAGACUGUCUAAUGAUUUGUUCCCACGCUUUGUCUGGAACAUUCAUAUAUAUUUCGCAUUCACAAUCUUGUGAUUUUACUUUACAACUACUUUACUUACUUACCACUUUGGUGUGAGACCAUUUAUUUUCGUCUCCUUGUGUUUGGACAACAGAAGUAUCAUCGCAAACCUAGUGGUCUUCUGAUUUCCGCCUUCUCGCGUCAGGACUAUUAGUUUCUCGACCAGUCCAUAACAACAAUUUAGCGACGAGUACAUAACAAUGUAAUCGCAAGGAGUGUAUUAUUGUGAGACUUUCUCACUUACAAUAAAACGAUCUAUCAACCAUAAUGAGCAGUUAGAGAAUCACUGGAAAACCACUAGAGUGUACUGGGCAGCUGUUUGAACUUCCCAAUUUCGGAUUUAUUACCGAUACGCACCAAUCUAGGGUUCAAACCCAAGACUUUCCUGUUACGAGGUGAGGUCGUGGAGCAUUCAGGCACUGGGAUCCGAUCCAAUGGCCUACUAAUUCCGGCAUGUUUGGACCGUGUAUUCUU